GGUUGCAGCAUCAUGCUGGCAUCGGUUGAUUGACUCUAGAACAGUUAUUCUAGUUUUAUAUUAGGAAACAGUUCAAAUCAUUUCUUCUGCAGGCACCGGAUAAACUGCGAGCAAAUAUUUUGAUACUUGGUCAACACGCCGGAAACGUCACUCAUUAAAAUUUAUUUUGUUUGCUGUUAGAACGAGUGCCGUUUUUAAACUCAUUAUCAGCAAAGUUUUCAUCGAGGAAAUAGGAUUUUAUCAACAAGUGAAUCACAAUGAAUCGCUUGGUUGCCUGCAUUGCACUGAUUGUCUUGGUUGUCCAAGUCAGCGGAACUAAGUUCACCGACUGUGGAUCCACAACUGGACAGGUCACCGGUGUCCAAGUAACAGACUGCCCGGACAGUGCUGAUACUUGCAUUCUAAAGAAGGGGACCACCAAAGGCAUAACAAUCAGCUUCACAUCAAAGGGUGCAUCGAAUUCUGCCAAGGCUGUAGUCCAUGGAGUCAUCGCCGGUGUACCUUUGCCAUUUUCUUUGAAAAAUCCUGACGGAUGCAAAUCUGGUAUUUCUUGUCCUGUUAAGAAUGGACAGAGUUACACUUACUCCAAUCAGUUGCUAAUCAGGAAUUCCUACCCUGCCGUUGGAGUCACUGUGAGGUGGGAGAUCCAAGAUGACAACGGGCGUGACCUCGUCUGUGUUGAAAUUCCUUGCCACAUUCAGUAAUGUGUUCGGAUUCUCUCCAAGUGUCAUCAUUGGAAGGAUUUCCUUUGUUUCAUAAUGAGUGCAAUUCAUUCAUAGAUUUUCAAGAACUGAUUUAUGUGCAGACAUGAAAAAAAUGUCGUUUCAUCAUAUAAUGAUAAAUUAUUUACGAUAGGAGCUAAUUAAUUUGGGUUUAAAAAUUGUUUUUGAAUUCAUCAGUGUAAGUUUGUAAAAAUCAAUGUUUUAGUUAUUCUCUCGGUUUAUGAGAAUAUUGAAAUCUUUAUAAUGUGUAAAUGUAGAAGUUUUGCUGUAAAAAAAAAAUUGAGUUCUGUGACCUGAAAACAAAAAGCUAUUUAUUAUUUUUAAAUUAAAAGAAUCUACAAAUUUU